AUGCCAUCAUAUGACCACCAACCGAAAUCCUCUAAGAAAGGCAGGGUUAUAAAAUCUGCAUUUGAUAGUGAGAGCUUCGAAUCAGACGGCUCGAUCCACGUUGAGGGAUUGGUAGGAUCUGCGACGAUAUCCCCAUCAGGUCGCGAUAUUGCCCUUGCCUCUCCUGAUGGAUUGGCAAUCAUUGAUUUGGACUCUCCAUAUAACCCCCCUCGGCGGCUGAAAAGUCACGGGUUACCAUGGCUUGUCUGUGACGUGCAAUGGUCUCCAUUCGCAAUUCGAGAUUACUGGGUCGUGUCCACGGCCAACCAUCGUGCUCUAGUAUGGAACCUCAACUUAAGAGAAGAUUCCAACUCGGGCGCCAUAGAGCACUCGCUCCAAGGCCACAGCCGUGCCAUCACCGAUGUCAACUUCUCGGCUCACCACCCUGACAUACUGGCUACUUGCUCAGUGGACGGGAAUGUCCAUUGCUGGGACCUUCGACGGCCCAAGCAACCAGCUCUCACGUUCUGCGACUGGUUUUCUGGAGCUACACAAGUCAAAUUCAAUCGCCAGGAUCCUCACAUUCUCGCCUCUGCCCAUGAUCGCUUCCUACACAUUUGGGAAGAUAGGAAAGCCUCUGAACCAGUCAAUUCUAUCAGCGCGCACACUUCCAAGAUUUACGGCAUAGACUGGAACCGCAUUCGUAGCACUGGUAUCGUAACAUGCUCUCUUGACAAGACCAUUAGAUUCUGGGAUUACGGCAAAGGCCCAGACGAGCAGUUGGAACACGUCAUUCGCACCGACUUCCCGGUUUGGAGGGCUCGGCACACCCCCUUUGGAUGGGGUCUACUGGCCAUGCCUCAGAACGAACCAGGUGACUUGUAUCUUUAUGACCGACUAUGGUCGGAAGACUCGCCCGUCGAGAAUACCCCCAACCCCGUGGCUGUGUUUCCGGGCCAUGGAGCUAACAAAGCCAAGGAGUUCUUGUGGAGGGCUCGGGGUAACAUAUCAAACGACGGAAUAGACAAUCGAGAGUUUCAACUGGUGUCUUGGGGCACUGACAAUGAGUUGAGGCUGCAUUGCCUUGAUGCCAGCCUUUAUUCCGCCGUCGGCCAUGUCAAGGGCGGACCAGCAAGAAAGGGCUUAAGCCUGACCAGGCAAGGCGCAGCAUAUAAGACGUUCCGGACUGUCGACGAUAGCGCCACUCGUGAUCGCAAAACCGGGACGAUGAGUGACCAUCGAGCUAUUACUGGCCUGGCGCAGCAGAGGCAAAGCGCUGCUGCAUUGGGACUGCAAUGCGGUGGAUACGCGAAUCGCCAUCCUCAACCGGCAUGGCGAGGGCCAUCAAUGAAGGCCAAGAUCGACCACGGCAAGCAUGUGGAUAGAACUCAGGCUCAAUUAGGAUGGAUGAAGGGAAUCACAAUGACCAGACGGAAGCCCUCCGCGGACCAGUCCAGGCGACGUACUUUUUCCAAAGAUCAUGGUCUUUUGGGCCAUCAUUACCCCGACGAUGAAUGGGGACAGCCUGAUACCAUCCAAGAGGAGCUGCUUCGGAUCAGCACACAGAUCCCAAAAGUCAAAUGGGAAAAUAUUGACAUGGAAAAUUUGACGCUAAAUGCGUCCCUCACGGGACCGUGGGGCUAUGAUGGGGAGCCGAUUUUCGUCAAAGUCAAGAUCGACGUCCCGUCGGAAUACCCCAAGCUCAAAGCGCCCAAGUUUUUUAUUGAAAAAACAUCCUUUAUGCCCGAAGAUACGCACAAAAAAAUCACGAGAGAAAUCCAUCAACUGGCCGAUCAAUUUUUGCAUCGAAAACAGAACUGCUUAAAGGUCACAUUUACAUACUUGCUAGGCGAAGUCGACUUGGAGUCUAGCACAACGUUUUUCAAGAAUGUGCGGGAUCUCGACGAUGAUGAUAUCUACGCCCUUGCAGAUGAAAGCUCUAGUGAUGAAGACGAGGACAUCCCUGCCGGCGGUUCUGCUUCCAUGUCUCAAGAGCUUCCUCACGCGGACGCGGAUACCGUACUUGCUCCGAUACCACACCGUAAUUUCAUCCCACCCCCACCUAGAACUUGCGGUGCUCGCUUUCUACCUGAUGGCCGACUGGUGUGCUUCUUCCCUUCCAAAGAAGUCAAAGCUCGAGCCCUGUUCUCGACGUCCGCGGAACUCUAUAGCAAGGAGCGGUCUAAAGGAGAGCCCUUCUUCGCAGGAUUCGGACGCCUGACGUACGGCACACCUUCCAAGCACAAAUAUGCGACUGACGAAGCGUCUGCCACGGACGACCAAUCAGAUAGCUUAGAUAGCGAUGUAUCGUCGUCGACCUCCAAUGAUUCCGAUUCGACAUCGAUUCACAGGAUGAACUUUUGGUACAGUUCAAAUAGGCAGCUUCGAAAAACUUGGAGUGAAGACCGAUCCGUGCGAUCUAGCGGAGGUGGUACUGGCGCGGGAACCGGAACAGGUACAGGCACUAGUAGGCGCCGAUUCGGACGCCCACGAAACCUCGUCUCUAUCCAUGACUUGCGAGCUAACUUGCCGUCAAAGAGGGAAUUCGCUGAAGAGUAUGCCAUUUUUGGCGAUGGAGCUGAUGUUUGCGAACACAAUGCGCGAGUCGCCGAGAAAUAUGGGCAUGACGAGCUUGUGGACGUAUGGCGCUACCUGGCACUUUUGCUGACCAAAGGAAUUCCCCUCGAGGUGUUAAGUCGUGAGAACAACCAAGCGUCGGUUUUGGUCAUUGCGAGAGAGGGGGUGUCCAAGGUUGCGAAAAGUCGCCAUCUACAGGCGGAAUCUGCGACCGUAGCAGACAACAAUGGCCUUUUAGGCAGGGUCAAAUGGGGACAACACCCUCUUGCCAAAGAAUUCAUCAUGAAACUUUUUGAUCAUUUCGAAAGGCUGGCGGAUAUCCAGAUGCUAGCGAUGCUUUCAUGCGUGUUUCAUGAGCCGUAUACAGACGAAGGUGUGGCCUACGCCGAGUCACAUCUACCGAAACAAGAGACGCCCCUGCCCCUCAAAGCUCCUUCGUUCUUUUUGGAUUAUUUUCCUACUGACGUAUCAGCAUGGCAACGGAGUGCUCACAGUCGAAGUCAUACAAACUCGGCAGCGACAACUCCUGGCGCGCUCCACACUCCCGUUCAGUUUGCUGGAUCUCAUACAUCUGACGAGUUUCUAUGGAGUGGCGACCCAGGAAUUAACUCGUACUCUUGCAGCGAGACGCCCCCCCUCAAAGGCAAGCCUCUACUGGGAGAGAGCGAGACUUCGGCACCGGCGUCUCGAUCCCCUGCGAAUCGGGGGAUCUUGCGAGGAAACUCUGGGCUCGCGGCAGCCUUCACGGCAACUCUUCCCAAGUCAUUUAUCGGUGGUGGUUCCUCGUCACCGCCAAACCAGAGUAAUCAGGCGCGCAAGAGACCAAGCCCCGCUGAAUACAUCAUCAACAGUCUCGUUCCGGCCGCCAGCACUUCUGGCACAUCGGCUCAGGGCCUCACGAAUGCUUCAGGCGAGUCCGGUGGUGGCAGAACUUCGUUGUCGGAGGAAGACUGUAGGCGAGACGACAUAUUGCCGUUGAUUCCUACAUCGGUGAACAUAAUACAGACAGACCAGUCCGUUUUCGACGAUGACGGCUGGUUGAACACACCGCUACUGGAUUGCAGUCGAUCAGAAACUUACGCGCGAUAUCGAUAUGCCUAUGCCGAGAUGCUGCAGAUGUGGGGCCAACCUCUGGCACGGCUCGAAGUCCUGAAAUUCAAUGUACUACGAGAAGACUCAGCCAUAGCCGUAACGGAUGGUAGCUUCCAUGAUUCAACGACCCUACGAGAGGGGGCGAACGGUACCAUGGGUCAUCACAAGACUGGGUCAUCGCCCAUUGCGAUGGGUAAGAAGGAUCAACUUCAUAAUCUAGUGGCUUCUGGAUGCGGCUUGGAUGUCACGGGAAUUUGUCGUGUCCACGAGACUCAGCUGGAGCCGACUCGCUACACGUCCUCUCACCAGAACAGCAUCGUCCAGGCUAGGAGAAGUGCGUCUAGGCAUUACAGUGUGCACGAAGCGAGAUGGAAACCACCGGCUCUAAUCACGAGAGCCUUGGGCAUUAAGUACCUACCUAGCGCAGGCAAGCUGCUUGCCCAUGAGGGAACAGGUCAAGAACCCUUUCUUGAACGAUUGUAG